GCUAAAUGCUAAUUGCCUAAUUAUUCCACAUCCAUAUUUUAUGAGCCUUUUUUACUCAGAAGUACCACUGCAGGACUUAGUUGUACAUUAGCAACCAACUGUUUCCCCACCAGCUCACCAGAUGGCAGUGUUUCUUUCACUUCCAACACACAUCCAACCUGGUUUCACUGAAACAGAUUUUCUAAGCAUCAAUUUCAUGAUUUGUGAUGUGUUAUGGCAGGCCGACCAAGUCGUCUUUCAGUCAGGGAAGUCAUUGAGAUGGUUUGCCUUCCUGAUGGGGCUUUAUCUGACACAGAAUCCACUGCAGAUGAUGAAAUUGACGAUCCAGAUUUUGAUCCUGAAGCAUACGAGUCUGACUCCAGCCUUGAUGAUGAUGAGCCACUGGCAGCAACAGCAAGAGCUAAUCCCAACCACCUUGAUGUUGAAAUUCAUAACAUACAUGCAGACAGUGACACUGACGUCCCAGAUGACGAUGAACCUCAGCCAGGCCCAGCUCCAGUCAACAAAGAGUUUUCUUGGAGGCAGAGGAAACCCUCAGCAGCUGACAUAGACUGUUCAUUCCAAGGACCUGCGUUCUCACCUCCACCAAAUGAAAUACCAAGUCCAAAGUGGUAUUUUGAUCAGUUCAUGGACAAAUCCGUGUUUGAACAUAUUUCGUACCAAUCUAACCUGUAUGCAGUUAUGACGAAUUGCCCAGAACUGAAAACAACCCCUUCUGAAAUGGAGCAAUUCGUUGGUUUACACAUCUUGAUGACCAUACAUGAAGUGAGGGAUGAAGGGCGUGCUAGUAACGACCCUCCCUUGCCAACGAGGGAAAGACCAUUGCAACGAUUCGCAAAGAGUCACCCUGGUGAAGAUGGAAUGAGUGAUGGGACAGCUAACGAGACGAUCAGAAUACUUGGGAGCCAACAAAUGGAAAAGAGGAAGUGGAAAGAGAAGGAAACAGACAAGCAGACAACUCAGGAGAAAGUGACGAGGAGAGACGAGUGA